AUGUCCCACGACGGUGCCGAAAAGAACCAGCAGGUGACCUUUCGCUUCUGCUCCGAAUGCUCCAACAUGCUGUACCCCAAGGAGGACGAAGACUCCCACAAGCUGCAGUUCACCUGCCGGACAUGUUUCUACACUGAGGAUGCGCAGACCACCUGUGUCUUCCGCAACGUCCUCAACCAGUCAGCUGGCGAGACGGCUGGCGUGACCCACGAUGUUGCCUCUGAUCCUACGUUGUAUCGCAACAAUGAGCCCAGCGACAAGAGGACUCUGACCGACACCGGAAAUACUCAGCGCGACCGCGUUCUCCAAUGUGAAUCGCUCGACGAGCUGAUGACGGCCGUUGGCUCUGGGUUCGACGAGAAAGACCCGUUUGACGAAUACGACGAAGAGCCACUGUAUGAGCCGUACGGCGCGAUUAUGAGCGACUCGGACGACCAUUCGAUAUGCACAGACGGCAGCGAUGUCUCAAACGACGGGGCUAUGGUUCUUGACUGGUGA